ACGGUAAAGAAGCAUUAACGUCAGCACAGUCAGGAAAUAAAACGUUUGUUUACUGUUUACAAUGAUGGAGGAUGAAGAAUUAGAGUUUGUGGAAGAUUUGGAGGCGAUAUUACACCUUACUCCAGAAGUGCAGCUGGCCAUUGAGCAGGUUUUCCCCAGCCAAGACCCUUUGGAUCGAGCUGACUUCAAUGCUGUUGAAUACAUUAAUACCUUGUUUCCAACAGAGCAGUCAUUGGCGAACAUAGACGAUGUGGUGAAUAACAUCCGACUUAAAAUCAGACGGUUGGACGACAACAUCAGGACAGUGGUGAGGGGACAGACUAAUGUGGGACAAGAUGGCAGACAGGCAUUGGAGGAGGCCCAGAAAGCCAUCCAGCAACUCUUUGGCAAAAUCAAAGACAUCAAAGACAAAGCGGAGAAAUCGGAGCAAAUGGUGAAAGAGAUCACACGGGACAUCAAGCAGUUGGACCAUGCAAAGCGUCACCUGACGACUUCUAUAACCACCCUCAAUCACCUGCACAUGCUGGCUGGCGGUGUGGACUCUCUUGAAGCUAUGACUCGAAAGAGGCAGUAUGGGGAGGUGGCCAAUCUCCUUCAGGGUGUAGUCAACGUGCUUGAGCACUUCCAGAAGUACAUGGGCAUCCCCCAGAUACGCCAGCUCUCAGAGAGAGUUAAAGCCGCACAGAGCGAGCUUGGUACACAGAUAUUGGCUGACUUCGAGGAGACUUUUCCUGCCCAGGGGUCAAAGAAAUCUGGUGGUCCUAGCAUUGUUCUCAGAGAUGCCUGCUUGGUGGCGAAUGUCCUGGAUCCUCGGAUUAAGCAGGAGAUCAUCAAAAAGUUCAUCAGGCAGCACCUGUCAGAAUACCUAGUUCUCUUCCAAGAGAACCAGGAUGUGGCAUGGCUCGACAAAAUAGACCGUCGUUAUGCGUGGAUCAAGCGUCAGCUCGUGGACUAUGAAGAGAAGUAUGGACGAAUGUUCCCUGAGGAGUGGUGGAUGACCGAGCGCAUUGCUGUAGAGUUCUGUCAGAUCACCAGAAUCGAGCUAGCCAAGCUGAUGCGAACCCGUGCCAGGGAGAUCGAGGUCAAGCUUUUGCUCUUCGCUAUUCAAAGGACCACCAAUUUCGAGGGACUGCUGGCUAAGCGCUUCUCGGGGUGCACCUUGAACGACGGGCCCGGGCAGAAAAAACCUGAGACGCCUCUAGAGCCAACAAACCCCUUUCUGGAAGACGAGUCAGGAGAGGACAACGUAUCAGAAAAGGAGGAAGAUCUGGAUAGACCAAAGAAGCCCAAGGCUCCAGACAACCCCUUCCACGGCAUUGUGUCCAAGUGCUUUGAGCCUCAUCUCUACGUUUACAUCGAGUCGCAGGAUAAAAAUCUCGGAGAGCUGAUCGACCGCUUUGUUGCUGAUUUUCGGGCACAGGGUCCCCCUAAAUCAGGUACAGAUGAGGGAGGUGCUGUGCUUCCCAGCUGUGCAGAUCUCUUCGUGUACUACAAGAAGUGUAUGGUGCAGUGCUCGCAACUGAGCACCGGAGAACCCAUGAUUGCUCUGAGCACCAUCUUCCAGAAGUAUCUGCGCGAGUAUGCCUGGAAGAUCCUCUCUGGAAACCUACCCAAGACCAGCACCAAUAGUGGUGGUCUGACCAUCAGCAGCCUGCUGAAGGAGAAAGAGGGAUCAGAAGCGGCCAAGUUCACCAUGGAAGAGCUUUGUCUCAUUUGCAGCAUCCUAAGCACAGCCGAAUACUGCCUGGCUACCACACAGCAGCUGGAGGAGAAGCUCAAGGAAAAGGUGGACAAGUCAUUGAUGGAGAGAAUCAACUUAACUGGGGAGAUGGACACCUUUAGCACGGUUAUCUCAAACAGUAUCCAGCUUUUGGUGCAGGACCUGGAUGCUGCAUGUGAUCCAGCCCUUACAGCUAUGAGCAAGAUGCCAUGGCAGAGUGUGGAACAUGUGGGAGACCAAAGCCCGUACGUGACCUCUGUAAUCAUGCACAUCAAACAAAAUGUGCCCAUCAUUAGAGACAACCUGGCCUCCACCCGGAAAUACUUCACGCAGUUCUGCAUUAAGUUCACCAACUCCUUCAUUCCAAAGUUCAUCAACCACCUAUUCAGGUGUAAACCAAUCAGCAUGGUUGGAGCAGAACAGCUACUCCUGGACACGCAUUCCCUCAAGACCGUUCUUCUAGACCUCCCUUCCAUUGGCUCUCAGGUGGUCCGUAAAGCCCCGGCCAGCUACACCAAAAUAGUGGUUAAAGGAAUGACUCGAGCGGAGAUGAUCCUCAAGGUGGUCAUGGCCCCUCACGAACCAUCUGUGGUCUUUGUGGACAACUACAUCAAGCUCCUUGCUGACAGCAACCCUGAGACUUUCCAGAAGAUACUAGAUAUGAAGGGUCUGAAACGGAGUGAGCAGAGCACCAUGCUGGAGCUUUUCAGACAGAGGUUGCCCACUCCGCCCUCAGGACCAGACGGUGGCCCAUCAUUGUCCUUCAGUGCCCCCACCCCUGAACAAGAGUCUUCCCGUAUCCGCAAACUGGAAAAGCUCAUUAAAAAGAGAAUUCAGUAAAUUAGCAGGAACUUUAUUCCCAUCAAUAUACUGAUGUGAGCGCUCUCUUUUGUGCAUGGCCUGACAACAUGUCUCCGCUCAAGUUAUAUCAUGCUUAAAAUGGGAUGUAAAUAGUACUGCUAUGUCUUUUGUAUGCAUUUAUGUUCGGUUACAGAUCACUGUUUAACUUUGAGGCUUUCAUGACUUGCAUUACUAUAGGCCUUAUGAUUCAAGUCUUUUCCUGAACCUCAACACAUUACUGGCAUGAAUGAGUCAUUUUCCCAGCGACCCCCCCCCCCCCCCCCCAUUUUUGGCUCCAAUUUACAACACUAAUACCCACAGUGUCAUUUACUUUGCACAUUUCUCUGAAAUAUGCUUGCACUUAAAGCAAAACAGAGGGCAGUGUGGCCCAGAAAAGAAACCUGCUGCUAUUCUGGCACAAAGUCUUCUGCCCUGGGGUUUAAAACAUCAAAAUGAUUUAAAACCAAUGUUUUUAUAAUUGUCCCCUCACUAUAAGAGUAAACGGCUGUGUGUAAUAUAGCUUUUGCUCUGAGUAAAGGUGCCUGCGGAGAAGAGGAGUGAGAUUUCAGGUCUCAGGUACUCCACAAUGGAGGAGCUUGGGAUCUCCUGUCUCCUCUGAAAUGAUAAACCAGUUAUAUUGACUUUUAAAAUAAUUUCCCAGGUUGGGGUGAAAAGAAAGAAACACUUGCAUUGUAGAUGUUUUUACCCUGCAGGAGCUGUAAGAACUGAAGAAUGUUUUCCCAUGCUAGUGAUAUUUUCUCUGCGAACAAUAAUAGUUCAUGGGAGAUUGGAAUGCAGAUGCAAUGCAGAAAUGUGGAUACAUUAUUCUACUUUACUUAAUCUACUGUUCACUUUUGUAAAGAUAGUAUUUGUUUUUGUCCAUUGUUUGACAUGAAUUAUUUUAUAGUCCUUUUAAUAGAUGAUUAUAUGAACUCCUGAAUCGGUUUACUGUACUUUUCAUCAUAAUUUCAUCACAAUCUCCUUUAUGUAUUUUUUUUUCUCUGCACAUGGCUUUGUAUUUGUUAAAAUACCUCAGCAGCAGUGUAUAUCAAAGCUAAAAUGUGUGCAAUGAAAGUAUGAUUCAUGUGUUGGAUGGGCUAUUGUGAUGUGUGAGGUUAUUGUAAUAAUAUUUGCAACUAUUUCUGCUGUUGAUUGCUUUAAUGAAAACAUUCCUGCCUUCUGUGAAUAUUACAACAUCUUUUUAAGGUCAACUGCAGAUAGAAAUUCUUGUUAAUAAAAAUCUGUUGAUUA